AUGUAUGAGUCAAUGCCAACUAGUGAACAGGAAGAGAAAAGAAUUUCUUUGGAGUUAUUUCAGAAAAUUCGUCCCAUAUGUGUCCGUCUAACUGAGUUAACAUUAACAAAUGGAGAUGUUAGUGGAUUAUCAAAGAGAAUUCGGUCAUUAAAAGGUCUAUCAACAGCGCUAACUGAAUUUUUUAGUACAAGGGGAGAUGGUAUAAGCAUAACGUUAAACUUGGCAGACUACAUAUUUUUCCCAAUCUCACAGUUCUUGGGGAAAAAUGCCAUUUCGGAUUCAGAACUUGAGAAUUGUCUUUAUAUUGUGGACAGUAUAGCGACGCAUUGCUGGACAAAGCCUGGACAUCUUAAUACAAAGCUAUUUGAGCAGUUGAUUUCCUUGGUUUCCGUGUUGAUAGGCGGUGAACCCGAUAAUGUUGAUAUUUCAGGGCAUUCAGAGGAAGUCAUACAGAAUGGUGUUUCUUGCAUAAAGCAUCUUAUGAUUGGCUGUCAGAACCAAGCUGAUAGUUUUAAAACAGUCCUUUCACAGAAAAAGAUAUUUCAAUCUAUUCUUGCACAUACUAUUAGUGUACUCUUAGAAUGUUCACUCAAAUGUCCAAAGCUUGAGGCAAAAUUAGAUAGUCUAAGAGCUCUUAACGUGAUAAUGAAUGUAUUUGAAGAUGGAGAAUCACUAGCUCUUAUCUUGCCUGGGAUAAUGUCAGUUAUUGCAAAACUUAUAAAGUCAAAGCCGCAUUAUCUCGUUGUCGUAGAUGUGCUCAAAUUGAUGUCUUCAAUAAUGUCUAUUACUUUCAGUGAUUUUGAUCUUGGUGUGGUAAGUGAACAGCCCAAAAGCCUGGAAGAUCUCAAGCAUAUGAUUAACGUACGAAAAGAAGAUGAAGCGAUUACAGAAGUCAGUGAUAAUCCUUAUGGUGUCGACAAUGCCUACAGAAAUGAACAGUGGCUAGAAAGCACACUUCCACACUUAAAAGACGCAUUCAAAAUCAUACUAGCCGAGAAUUCGGAUUGGCUCGAACGUCAGAAUUACAGAGAAGCUGUUUUGCAUUUGGACAUGACCAUUUUAAGAAACUGUAUCAUCACUUGCAGGUGCAUUAUUCCAAUUUUGCUUAGAUCUUUGGCUAUUUUGGAUUCGUAUGACGAUUUGUCUGAGCAGUAUCUGGAAUCGUUGACAUUUGGGCCGAAUGUCCCCAUACUAAGCACUAGUAUGAAAGAGUUAUUUGGAAGUGAGCUCAGGCAGUUAUCGUUUAAUUUGGCAUCGCCAGAUUCCUCAAGAGUUCGUGCAUCAGUCUCUUCAAUAACAUUUGCUGUUAAGAUUCUCAUUGAAUUAAAGAUGUUUGAUUCUUAUUCAACGAGACAAUUGCUUACUCAUAUUCACUCUGCGAUGGCAUCAAUACUCAUAGAGCGUAAUUCAGCAUCUGCGAAAAAACCGUUGUUGAUAUCUUCGAACAAAUCUUCUCCGGCCGAGUAUCAAUCUGAAUUAUCAAUUAUAACAUCUGACUAUGUCACAGGAUCAAUUUCAAGUGACUCGGAGGAGACAUCGCCAUUUAUUGGAGUUUUUGAACCUUCAUCUGAGCGAGCAAUCAUCAAAUUACUCGAAAUUGCAGCUUCUGCACCACGAGUAGUUUCUACGCUGGAGCAACUGUUAAUGGAUUAUGAUUUAGCACAAAACUCUAUCAGUGUGGUGAUGCAAAAAGGUGUUCUUUUAUGGAUGGAAGACAUAAUUUUGAAGAGUAGAAAAUCUAGUGUACUACUGAAUUCUGAUGCGGAGGCAUAUAUGGAUUUCUCUGACUCUGAAGAUGGAUUGUCGUUGACAAACGUACAGGAUGAUGUUUAUCACCUACUUGAGAAUGCAACAAAUAUUCUAGAGGUGAACUCCAACACCAUUGUUCCAGGUAUUGGAUGGGUGAGCUCCUCAAUAAUAGGAUUACGUGCAAUUGGUGACUCGUGUACAAUUCUGGGAGGUGCGUUCAAAGAAGAAUUGAUUGAUGUCCUUUUUCCGGUUAUUGAGUGUUUGGCCUCUGCAAAUGAAGCUGUUCGUAUAGCGGCACAACAUGUAACACUACUUCUUGCGAGAACUUUGUAUGGUGGCUCGGUUAGAAAUCUUAUAAAGAGCAACAGCGAUUAUUUAUUGGAUUCGCUCUCUUUGCGUUUGACUGGUGAAUCGCUUAAUCCACGGCUUCCAGUUAUAUUAGUUGUUCUAAUAAAAAUUGGUGGGCCGGAUCUCUUGAAUCAAUUGGAUGAUGUGAUUACUGCGAUGUUCACACUCUUGGACUUGUAUUAUGGUUAUACAUCUCUAUGCGAAGGCUUUUUCACAGUUUUCUCUGUAUGCAUUGAUGAGUUGAAGAAAGGACACUUUCACGAUUUCGAUUUUCUUCAGAUCGAAGAUAAUUCAAUGUAUCAUGAACCGUGGGGCAUGAAGACAUUGGAUCAGGUAUACAAGUAUUUAAAUACGAAUUCUGACAUUGAUGAUGAUGAUGAUGACGAUGACGACGACGACGACGAUAAUACGAUUAUUGAAGAAAUUGCAAGUGAUCAGCUGAAAAAUGGAUUUUCGGGAAUUGGAAAAGGGAACGAGGAGUCUGAUUCCAAAAAUGAGCAUCCAGAUAUUCAUGAUGAAGCUGAAAAAUGGGUCUCACCGUUAGACCAGAAGACAUAUAAUCUUCUUCUUGAUAUGUUGGAAUAUGCCGAAAGAUUGGCAAAGCACAGAUCUGUUAGUUUAACAUUGAUAACAUUAAAACUUGUCAACAAGAUUAUUCCUUUAAUUGCCACCCAGAGAUCCAGCUUUUUACCUGUUGCUGCAACCGUAUGGGAUUAUGUGUGCAGCUUUUUGUUUGAUACAGAUGAUGCACGGGUUAUAACAUGCGCAAUCGCUGUUUUGAAGAAUAUUACAAGAUUUGCCAAUACUUUUAUGAGCUCCAGAUUUAUCAAAUUAUUCAAUGACAUAGAUGCCAAUAGCUCUUACAGUAAAUUGUUAUUGAGAUGGAAGGACUACCGGAUGAAACUACUUAAUAAAGCCGAUUCUAAUAAGGUGGUUCUUAAUCGUACGAGUACUUCCCUUAACUGGGAUCAGGAGUUGUUUAAUUCAAUUUGUGACUUUUAUCAGUAUUCUUUACAAAAACUAGGCCGCUUUGUUCCAAAUGAUGUGGCUACAAAAAUUGUCAGUAUUACCGUUGUUUAUGACCCUAAUGAAUCUCAUUAUGGAUAUUUCGAUGAUCUUGUGGAGUACAUCAAGAUGGACGAGAACAUUUUAUAG